UCCUUUUGGAUCCCUCAAAUACCAUCAGCAAGUUUUUUUUAAACCUAGGAAUUAUACCAAUACGAAAUUCCAACUGUAUAUAAUGACGGAAACCAUAACAAUGUAGGACAGGACCAUGAAGGCUUGGAUGAUAAAUUUUUUAUCUGAAAUUUGAUACCAAAAAUGUUUCAGCAUGCCCCUUGGGCUUGAGCCUCCUAUGCAUUUGAAUGGCGUUUCGUAAACAACGGGAAGUGAUGCAUUAAGCAUAAUUCUUGAGUGGGCAAUGCAUAUUAGGCAAGUAUUCAUCACCAAUAACACCGUUUAUCAACCUUACUUAUAUCGCUCAAAAUCUGAGAAUUUCAAGAUGUUAGCAAGUCACACUUAUAAGCAAAGAGCUCAGUAUAAAGGAAGUCAUUCGGGUCCCAUCUUGGCUGCAAGAACGUCAAUUUAUCUUUGGGAGUUCCUGCUUGAAAUAUUAGAAGACCCGGAGUGUGCUUCGAUCGUACGUUGGACGGAUAAGGCAAAAGGAGAAUUUGAGUUUUUAAACGUUAGCGAGGUUGCAAGACAAUGGGGAAUUGUUAAACGACGUCCAAAUAUGGACAAAAUUAAAAUGUGCCGAGCUAUGAGAUAUUAUUACAAGAAAGAUAUAAUACAAAAAGUUAAGGGAAGGCAUUUCGUUUAUAAAUUCCUUCAACUUCCAUACAACCAUCCCGUUCUACCAUCACCAUCACCUCCUCCGCAAGAAUUAGAACGACGAUCUGUAAUUUGCUACACUUCUUCAUGGAAUGGUGACUAAUAACCAUAUCGUGUGACAAGAAUCAACAGAUCGGUUGAUUUUGAAUUUCGUCAUCUUUGAUGCAAAACCGUUUCAACGAGUUGGCAUAAUCCAAAUUGAGAUAAAAGAGGUUUUUUCUUUGGAAGGAGUAGCCUUUUAGGAUUUUUUGCUUGUAGAGAGUCGAUUUAUCAGACUAUUAGAAUUGAGUAGCAUUCAACGCCGGUGCACUCAAGCUGGUUGGGAACUUUUUGAAUGCAAGGGCAAAAUUUUAUGUGUUUUUUUGCCUUGCACAAGUAUCCGGUAUUGUACUAUAUUUAUGAUGCAUUUGCAAUGGCCAAAUUGCUUGCCUGAGGUAACCAGUUCACUAACAAUUUAAUGGUGUUGACAACCGAUGAGUCCCUAUAGGCUAUAGUACACUACACUAGUCUGAAAUCCUUUUUACUAGUCUGUUUUCUAGUUUACUCGACUCACUCUGACUCACAUACGAUCGGGAAUUGCGGUAAAUAUUAUUGUCUGUCUGAGCCAGUUUUAACUUUAUCAACUCAGGCAUUCGCUACAACCUCAUCCCCAGACGCCGGGGCGACUGUAGAUGCGUCGCGAAGGGGCGACCACCAACCACCAAAUUAGAAUGGAUUAUCAUAAACAUGUAAAUUAGGUAGAUAAAGUAAAUAACCCCUCAUUUUACUGUUAAUUUUUCAAAGCAUGAAUAUCAAUUCCAAAUGAAUAUGCACGUGUAAAUCAUUUCUGCCUAUGAUUUAUAUCACAUUUCAUAUCACAUUAUUUUCAAAUGAUCUUUGCCAUGUCACGCUACUGGCUUUGAAGGUGGCCUGGGGCCGAGGUUGGUCUGUCUAAUGAUUAAAUUAUGACUAAAAAUGCAUUAAUUUGUGACAUAACGUUACUAGACGAUAAAUGCUAAACGAUACAGCCACAUUACCGCAUGUGAUACGCAAUUUCCGGUCGAGGAAUGUCGUUAAAGCUACAUUAAAAUCAGUAUUUAGAAGCUUUGUAUUUAUUAUAUGUAUAAAUAGAUUUAAUUUAUAUUGUGCUAAUUGGAGUAAUAGAAUAAGGUGGAAAUUUAAUUUUCUAUACAAGGUUCUGAAAAUUAAGACAAUUCAAAAUUAUGGAUUUCAAAAACAUGAACAACUCCAUUCCUUCUAUCUUAUGGGAAAAAUUCAAAGCUCGAUUCAUAAUACGAAAAAACUAAUUCAUCCAGACGCAAACUAUAGAAGGAAGACAAAUAUAUUAUUAAUUUUAUAUGGGAUAGAUCUGUUCAAGAAUGUAACUAUUAUUAUAUGCUAUAGAGUGUAGACCGCUAAUAGCGAAA